UCAGUCUCCAUCAGUCUUUAAAGAAGCCUCUGUAGAGCUCAUCUAUUGUGCCUGUGUGCGUGGGUGGAGUCCGACACUGUGGGAUUACAGGCCGGACAUCUCGAAACCCUCGGAUUCUGCAGGAAUAAUGUAUUUGCAGAACAGAAAUAACGCCAUCAACACAGAGAGGAGCAGGAAGAACUUAAAAGGCAAAACAUGGACUCACUUGAAGACGCCUCCACCUCAGGAGGAAAUCCUCACCCUGUUGCCCACAAAGGGGGAAAAGAGGCUGGAGGCAAAGGAGAACGUGGCAGAGGAGCAGGAGUCGACGCAGCGCACAGCUUUUGGGAAGGCCUUCUACGAUCUGACCCAUUCAGAGAGGGUGAUGAAUGACCUGACGUUUGGACGGCGGGUGGGGCUUUACGAGCUGAGAGGGCAGAUCGGCUGUGGCAACUUCUCCGAGGUCAGACUGGGAAUACAUGACCUGACCAAAGAGCGAGUGGCAGUUAAAAUCCUGGAUAAGGUUCGUCUGGACAAGCGUUCACAGACGCUCUUUGCCUCUGAAAUCUCCUGCAUGGACAAGCUGGCCCAUCCCAACAUAGUGCGGCUGUACGAGGUGGUGGAGACCUUCAGGCGGCUCCACCUGGUGAUGGAGUACGCCAGUGGAGGAGAGCUGUUCUCACGCAUCAGCACCAGGGGGCGCCUGUCUGAUCUGGAGAGCAAGCUGGUGUUUUCCCAGGUCCUGUCUGCUGUCAAACACAUGCACGACAGUAAUAUUGUGCACCGGGACCUGAAGGCAGAGAAUGUUUUCUACACCAACACUUACUGCAUUAAAGUGGGCGACUUUGGUUUCAGCGCGUUCUGCUGCCCCAGCGACGUCCUCCACACGUUCUGUGGCUCUCCACCGUACGCCGCCCCCGAGCUCUUCAAGGGGAGGGGUUAUAUAGGUCGAUAUGUGGAUAUGUGGGCGCUGGGUAUCUUGCUUUACUUCAUGAUGACCGCCACCAUGCCAUUCAAAGCUACAAACACCGGAAGACUGAAAUGUUGUAUCCUGCAUGGCUCUUACGCCAUCCCCUCCUACAUACCUGAAUCCUGCCAGGAGGUCAUCAAGGGCCUCCUGAGGCCGGUGCCUGUUGAUCGCCUCACGAUGGCACAGAUCACGUCCAGUGAUUGGAUGAGAGGCGUUGAGUAUCCCCAGGCCUAUCCCUCCUACAGCUCUACACCCUCACAUCUGGCUGAGCCCAGCCGCAUCCUCAGCCCCGACGAAGUAAAUGUGAAGGCAGCGCUGGAGGAUCUCGGCAUCACCAGGGCUCAUCUCCUCAACAGCAGCGUGGACCUGAGGAGCCCCGUCUGCGGGACCUACCGGAUUAUACUGCAUCGCAUUCAGAAGAGGAGAUGUGUGGAAGCUGUGGGACACAACCAGUCGUGCAUGAAGGAAUCUCAGAACAGACUCCGAUGUAGAGUGGACUCAGACGGAGCAUUGAAUAAACGCCACUCUGUUGUCUGCGUCAUCAUGUAGCCUUUUGGAACACGUGCUUCUUUGACUUCUUCCAAAGAGUUUGAUGUGACAGUUUGUGAGUGUGUGGAGAUGGAGCCAGGAGGCCAAGAUUAUUUGGUCCAAAGGUUAAACUUAUAUCUAUUAGUGCCUCAAAUGAUAUCCAACGAUAGAUUUAAGUUUUUUAUUGUCGUAUAAUUGAUAACAGUGCAAACAUCAUUACCAGAGCAAUAAUUACAGUAUAUUGCAAUAGGCAAUCAUAUAUUACUGUGGCAAUCAUUAAUGUAAUUUCAAUAUAAAUAUACAAAUAUAGUUGUAUAGAGUAUGUGAAAAUGUGAACAGCAGAACACAUAAAUUAUUUUUUUAAGGUGGACCUGUCGAUUUCACUUCCUACACUCGUCUUGUCUUCACAUGAUAUGACACCGUUGUAGAUGUUACACAAAAAGAUGCACAAACUCCAUAUUUAACACACGUUCAUGAUGCGGUUCUUUUAGUCUUACUCUUGGAAACAGGGAGCAGAACAACCAUAAAAUAUUGAAUGAAUCCUUUAAUAGAUUUCUAUCAGUUUUUCGGUGAAGCUAAAAGGACAGAACAUGGUUUCACUUUUGAUUCUGAGCAGGUGUCGCUGCGCUCAUGCUGUUGUAAUUCACCGUGAAUGAAAGUUUAGACCGGAGGCACAUUCUGUGACAACAUCCAACAUGUUGUGAGCUUAUCUGAAACAACCGAGUAUGAAAGGAAACUCAAUGCCCCUGAGGCUCAGGCAUCAGGAAUGUGGAAAUAAAACCACACGUUCCUUUGAUUCAUUUUUGGAAAUUAUAAAUGAUCAAUGAAAUGUCAAUCAGGAAAAGCAACAAUGCUUCUUAAUAGGGUUCUGACAUCUUCAAUACUUUGGUUUUCGUCCAGACUUUGUAUGAUGAAUCGGUGUUAAAAAGUUUUAUCAUUUUUCCACUCAUCCUUAACUAGUUAAUUUAAUUCUUAAUGAUGAAUGAAUUCUCAUAAAUGCUAAACAUCAUAACAACAUAAAUUAGCAGGGCAACAUAUUUUUUAGUUUCUUCUAGUUGUAAAGUUUUUAUAAAUAAUUAAGUAGAAUACAUUUAAUUUUGUUCCUUAUUUUAAAGCAAAGACAUGAAAAAAAUCUGUCCCAGAAUUUUCUUGCUGCCCUUCUAUUUAAAUUGGGAUGUGGAUUUUACAUAAAACAAAUCUUUGUGAUUUAAAAAAGAAUGUAUGUUAUUAUAUUUUAUACAUAUUCAUUCUAAUUUGAUUAAAUGUAAAUAACUAUGUUUAUAUGCAAUUAUUAAUAUUUUAUAUUUAUUAAUAAUGUAUAUUUAUACAUCUCAGGAGAUGUCUUUAAAAAGUAUAUGCAGUUAACAGAUGUCUGCAACAGUUACUUAACUGCAAGAUUCAUAGUAUAUAUGAAUAUAUAUAUAUACUUUACAUAUGAGCUAAAGUAGCAGCUAUGACAUGAUAGAGAAAUGAUAAUAAACAUAAUGUGAUUUCA